AUGGCUCCCUCUUCCUCCCCCAUCGAACCCAAUCCCAACGCCCACCCCUCCAACAUCAUCACCGCCCCGGGCCAAAACUACCGCUUCACCCUCCUGACCCCGCAGCUCCUGCGCUUCGAAUGGUCGCCCUCGGGCGCAUUCGAAGACCGCGCCUCCACCUUUGCGCUGCACCGCGGCGCCUUCGCGCCCGUGGCCCACCGCAUCAAGGACAACGCGCCCGGCGCCCCCGGUGGCACGGGCCAAGGCGGCUUCGAGAUCCUUACGGAGUUUAUGCACGUCGACUAUGACGGCAAGGAGUUCUCGCCUUCGGGGCUGGUGGUGGAUGUCAAGGGCCGCACGACCCUCUGGGGCACGCAGUGGCGGUAUGGCUCCGAGGAGAAGGUGGGCGCGGGCCGCAAGGGGAAUCUGGGCGGCACGGCGAGGACGCUCGAUGAGGUGGAUGGCCGCUGUGAUGUCGAUGUCGGGGUGUGCUCGCGGCUGGGCUUUGCGGUCAUUGACGACUCUGGCACGAUGCUGUUCGACCCGGCGUCGGAUUGGGUGGCGGGCCGGCCGGGUAGAGAGGCCGGGUACGUCGAUGGGUACCUGUUCGCGUACGGGCGCGACUACCGCGCCGCCGUCCGGGACUUCUACCGCCUCUCGGGCCCGCAGCCCGUGGUGCCGCGCUGGGCCCUGGGGAACUGGUGGUCGCGCUACUACCGCUACUCGGACACGGAAUACCUGGCCCUGAUGGACGCGUUCGCCGCGCGUAACAUCCCGCUGAGUGUCGCCGUCAUCGACAUGGACUGGCACUACACCUACGACGAGCGCGUCCCGCACGCCGGCUGGACCGGCUACACGUGGGACCACAGCAUCUUCCCGGACCCGGCCGGGUUUGGGAAAGAGAUCCACAAGCGCAAGCUCAAGAUGAGCCUCAACGACCAUCCGCACUCGGGCGUGCACCACCACGAGGAGAGCUACGAGGCCAUGGCCAAAGUGCUGGGCCAUGACACCUCGGAGAAGAACCCCAUCCUGUUUGAUCCCACGAGCAAAAAGUUCAUGGACGCCUUCAACGGCGUGCUGCACCGUGAGCUCGAGCGCAAGGGCUGCGACUUCUGGUGGAUCGACUGGCAGCAGGGGCGCUUCAGUCGCGUCCCCGGCAUCGAUCCCCUCUGGGUGCUCAACCACUUCUGCUUCGAGGACAACCGCAACGUCGCUUCGGCUUCCGACUCCGCCUCGAAAGAAGGCCAGCAGCAGCAACCCAUGAUCUUCAGCCGCUACGGCGGGCCGGGCAGCCACCGCUACCCCGUCGGCUUCUCUGGCGACACAGUCACGACAUGGGCAUCCCUGCAAUUCCAGCCCGAAUUCACCGCCACGGCCUCCAACAUCGGCUACGGCUGGUGGUCGCACGACAUCGGGGGGCACAUGUUCGGCGUGCGCGACGACGAGCUCGUCACGCGCUGGGUCCAGCUCGGCGUCUUGUCUCCGAUCAUGCGCCUGCACAGCACGAAUUCCCGCUGGAUGGGCAAAGAGCCCUGGCGCUACCGGCCCGAGAGCGAGAAGGCUGUGGAGGCUUGGAUGCGCUGGCGACAUCGCCUGCUGCCGUACCUGUAUAGCUUGGACGUCAGGGCCGCGAGGCCCGGUGGUGAGGGGAUGCCGUUGGUGCAGCCGCUCUACUGGCAUUUCGCCGAGCUGGACGAGGCGUAUGCCGUGCCGAAUGAGUAUUUCUUCGGGUCGGAGUUGCUGGUGGCGCCGAUUGUGACGCCGCGUGACGGCCGGACCGGUUUGGCGAGCGUGAAGGCUUGGCUGCCGCCGAGGAUGGGCCGCUUCGUCGACAUCUUCACGGGUGUCAUCUACGAUGGGGAUCGUGAGUUGACGCUGUACCGUGGGCUGGGGGAGGUGCCGGUGCUGGCGCACGAGGGGAGUGUGGUGCCGUUGGAUGGGGAGAGGGUGCCGGGAAAUGGAGCGGAGAAUCCACAGAGGUUUGAGGUCUUGGUGGUCGUGGGGAGGGAUGGCGAGUUUGAGCUCGUCGAGGAUCAGGGUGAUGAUGGUGAGGGGCUUAAGAAGGAAGCUGAAGAGAAGAGGGGGGAGGAGGGGGCAGUUGAGAGGAAGAGCUUCGUGUCCUGGAAGCAGCAAGAUGGCAAAUUGACGGCAAACGUGGCCGGCAGAACCUGGAGCUUCCGCUUCCUCGGCGUGACGGAGGUCCCAUCAGGAUUGAAGAUCCUGGUCGACGGCAAGGAUGUCACAUCGGACGCCAACGUGGCCGUGCAAGCGUACCCCGAAGCGCCCGGUCUCCUGAUCGAGUGUUCCCCUGGCUUAGGCUUCGCGAAGUACGACAUCGCGGUGGAAUUCGGCGUCGCCGACCCGCAGUUGAGUGUCCGCGAUCAUCGGCAGAAGGUGGAGGAGAUGCUGCUCUCGUACCAGGUCGAGUUUGCGCUCAAGGACAAGAUCUGGAAGAUUGUCGAGGGCAAGACGCCGGGGAAUGUCAAGGUGGGACAGGUGUUGGCGCUGGGGUUGGAUGAGGUACUCGCGGGGCCGGUGGUGGAGUUGUUGGUAAGUGAUAUUCGGGGGUGGGGUGCGUAG